UAGCCUGUUUUGAGCAAAUACAAAUACUACGUAUUCGAUUAGAUAGUCUGAAUUGAACAUAUUUUAAAUAGGAGCAUAUGAAUCUCUGUAUAAGAUAAUUUAUUGUCCAUAACCAAAAACUAGUACUUAGUACUCUACAUUAUUUACAAAGCGAUAAUUUCAAUAAGUCAAUUUCUUUUCUGAAUUCAAAGUAAUCCAAUUUAAAACAUUGCAAAUAUUUCAUUUCUACUUGUUGUGAAAUCACUAAUCAUCGUUGAUUUUCACUGCUUAAAUAUUGUAGUUUUAUAGAGUAUGUUAUGAGCUAGUUUCUUUCUCGUCCCUUGUCCAAAAAAAAAAAAAAAAAAAAUCAUGUAUGUCUUUAAUCCGGUAGAGGUGUCCAUUCAAGUAUUCAUUCGAAUUCGAUUAGGUAUUUAGGUUGGGUCUAUUCGAUUAAGUUGUGUGAAUUUUAAAGUUCUCAAUCUGGGUAGAUUAAAUUGAGUCCGUGGGGUAAGUUUUUGACAUCUCAUUGAUCCCUUAAUAUUGUAACGGGUAUAAGUGUAUAACGGCAUUUGAAGUUUUGAACAACGAAACACUUUUUCCCGGCUUUACAUUAAAAUCAAUGCUUUAUAAAUUCCCAUCAUUUUCCCGCCAUUUACCCUCUUUCACUUACUACUCCAAAAUCCCCAAAUUUCUAGGGUUUUCUCUCUCCUCUUCAUCAAUGGCGGACACUGUUCGAAUUGCUCAACUUCUCAAUGAAACCUUCAAUUUCGACGGCCAAGUAGUUCACAACGCCACAAACCAACUCGAUUGCCUUUCCGCCGCCUCCGAUUUUCCUUUCUCACUCCUCUCCAUCGUCAAUGGAGAUGGAAAUCAAGGUCAAAAAAUAGCUGCUGCUACUUAUCUUAAGAAUUUGAUUAGACGAAAUGUUUUUGGCGAAGGAAAAUCUGGUUCUUUUAGUAAGGAUUUUAAGGAGAAGCUACUCGAAUCGUUGCUUCGAGCGGAAUUGCCGGUUCUUAGAGUCUUGGUUGAAGCGUUUAGUUUUGUUGUUGAUGCUGAAUUUGUGAAGAAAAAUGAAUGGCCUGAGCUUGUGCCACAAGUUCGUUAUGCUAUCCAAAAUAGUGACAUUAUUAGUGGAAAUGCGAAUAGUGGGUUGAAAACACUUAACGCGCUCAAAGCUCUUCAAGCAUUACUCAGACCCUUUCAGUACUUCUUGAAUCCAAAAGUUGCGAAAGAGCCUGUCCCACCGCAGCUGGAGCAGAUUGCCAAUGAUAUUUUGGUGCCUUUGUUGGCUAUAUUUCAUGGUUUUGCGGAGAAGGCUUUAGCUACUAAAGGAAGCUUGGACAUAGAGAGGGAGAAUGUCCUUCUAAUUGUGUGCAAAUGCACAUACUUCGCUGUCAGGUCGUAUAUGCCAACUUCUGUUGCAACUCUGCUGCCUUCUUUCUCUGGUGACUUAUGUGGCCUUUUACAAACAUUAAAUCUAGAGGAAUCAGUAUCUUCUGAAGGCAGUCAACAAGUAAGACUAAAAACUGGAAAGAGGAUCUUGCUUAUGUUUUGUGCUCUUGUUACUCGACACAGAAAGUAUUCUGAUAAGUUGAUGCCUGAUAUUAUGAAAUGUGUUCUGCAUAUUGCCAGAUGUAGCUCCAAUAUCAGUAAGCUGGACUGCUUAUCAGAGAGGGUCAUCUCAUUGGCAUUUGACGUCAUUUCUCAUAUCCUGGAGACUGGCCCGGGAUGGAGAUUAGUUUCACCCCAUUUUUCAUCAUUGUUGGACUUAGCUAUUUUUCCAGCGCUCAUGAUGAAUGCAAAGGAUAUUUUGGAAUGGGAAGAAGAUGCAGAUGAGUUCUUAAGCAAGAAUUUACCAUCUGAGCUGGAAGAAAUUUCUGGAUGGAGAGAGGAUUUAUAUACUGCCAGAAAAAGUGCUAUGAAUUUACUUGGUGUCAUUUCUAUGUCAAAGGGGCCUCCGGUGGUGGCUAACAGUCAGAGUUCUUUGUCAUCUUUAAAACGCAAAAAGGGUGAUAAGAAGAAGGGAAAAGACCAACUCUGUUCAGUUGGAGAAUUGCUAGUUCUUCCUUUUCUGUCAAAGUUUCCAAUUCCUAGUGAUGCAAAUGCAUCUGACGUUAGUAUAUCAAAUAAUUAUUAUGGUGUUCUCAUGGGGUAUGGAGCUCUACAGGAUUUCUUAGGGGAGCAAAAACCUGAACGCUCAGCAACCUUAAUUAGACAUCGGGUGCUACCACUUUACAAGGUCUCCAUAACCCACCCUUAUUUGCUUGCUGCUGCAAACUGGAUACUUGGAGAGCUAGCAUCCUCUCUACCUGAAGAUAUGGCAGCUGAUGUAUAUUCUGCAUUGCUUAAAGCACUGACGAUACCCGAUUGCGAAGACGUGUCUUGUUACCCUGUGCGAGCAAGUGCUGCUGGGGCAGUGGUCAAGAUUCUUGAAAGUGAAUACUUGCCACCUGACUGGCUACCUAUUCUCCAAGUAGUAGUUGGUAGAAUUGGUCAUGAAGAAGAGAUUUCCAUGCUAUUUCAACUACUUAGCUCUGUGGUUGAGGCUGGAGAGAAAGAGGUAGCAGUUCAUAUACCUUUAGUUGUAUCACAGUUGGCUGAUACAAUUGCCAAGUAUAUGCCUUCCAAUAUAGAGCCAUGGCCUCAAUCAGUUAUAAAGGGCUUUGCAGCACUAUCUGUAAUGGCUAAAUCUUGGCAAGACGCGAUACCUGAAGAAGAGGAACAGAACCACAUAAGUGCAAAGUGGGAAUCUGAUCAGAGAACUAUGGCUAGAGCCUUUUCUGCCCUCUUGCAACAGGCAUGGCUUGUAACCAAGGAAAUAUCGGAUGAUGAUGAUGAUACUUCACCACAUUCAUGCAUUGAUGAUGCAUCAACAAUCCUUUGGUUCAUCAUCCGGUCCAGUACCAACAAUGAUGCUCUUCUGGAACUCAAAGUAUCAGAACUUUUGUUAGCUUGGACUGAAAUUAUAGCAGAUUGGCAUUCCUGGGAAGAAGUAGAGGAUUUGGCUGUCUUUGACUGCAUUAAGGAGGUUGUUAAUCUAGAGAAGAACCUUGGCCUGCCGAAAUUUUUCAUCGCUAAGAUGUCUCCACCACCAGCUCCUCCUGUACCAGAAAAAUCUCUCAUUGAAAAUAUUGCAGCAUUUGUCUGUGAAGCCAUUUCACAGUAUCCUUCUGCAGCAUCAAGGGCUUGUGCAUGUGUACAUACCCUUCUUCAUCUUCCAUGUUAUUCUUCUGAUACAGAGGAAGUCAAGCGUUCAUUGGUAAUUGCUUUUAGUCAGGCUGCAGCAUCUAGAUUCAAAGAUAUUCAAAGUAAACCUUGUCCACUUUGGAAACCAUUGUUGCUUGCGGUAUCAUCAUGUUAUUUGUAUUAUCCAGAUGCUGUCCAGUCAGUUCUAGAAAAGGUUGAAAAAGGUGGUUUCAUGGUCUGGGUAUCUUCUGUGAACUCUAUCUCCUCCAUCUCAUUCACACCAAACACUACAACAGAGUCGGAAAUUAAAUUAGUUGUUAUCACUCUUGGCAAGGUGGUUGAACAGCUUUUAACUGUGGGAAGCCCAACUAGUGGCUUGUUAUGGGAAUGCUUUAGUUCGCUCUUGUCAGCGUUUGCACGAUUGAAAGAAAUUCAGGAAGCAAAUCACUUGGAUGAAGAAAUUGAAGAUGAAGAGAUGGAAAAUGAAGAGGAAGAGGAAUCUGAUGAUGAUGAUGAUGAUGAUGAGGACUCUGAUGAUGAUGUACAAGAAGAAACUGAAGAAGAGUUUCUGGAAAGAUAUGCUGAGGCUGCUGCGGCUUUGGAAAAUGGAGAUCUUGCUGAAGAAGGGGACUCGGAGGAUUUUGAUGAAGAACUUGAAUUGGGUUCGCUUGAAGAGCUUGAUCCACAGAUAUUUCUGCAAUCUCUCCUGGAAAGAUACCAUCAAACUCUUGUACAAAAUCAGGCUCUGUCUCCACAACUUAUUUCAAGCUUGCGAAGCUUGUUUCCGGAAUUCACAGGAUUCAACCAGUAAUUUGACUGAUAUAACUUACUCUUGUGUGCAUAAUUAGAGCCAAAAUGUGUAGAGAGGAGCUUUUUUUGCAAGCCAUAUUUCUCAGUUGAUUCUUUUCAUUAUUUUAUUUGUGUGAUUUACCCUUGAGUGGUUAUCAAGUUUGGAUUAGCUCAUAUGCAACCUGUUGCAUAUAUUAUAAGCAAUGUAUGAACUAGGAUCAAUAUAUAGUUUUGAAUCUA